UACGAACGGGCAACAGGUGGACGCGCUAAGAAACUGAAAGUGAAAAGAAACAAAAAAACACACAAAAAGCGGGGCAAAAAAAAACAAAACAAAACUGGCAACAAAAACGUGAGCAAAAUUCCGCGCGCUGUGUCUUGAGCAAUAAUCGGGUGCUGCUGCUGCUGUAGAUACUGGCUGAUCGAAACCCAAAAAUAUAAUAUACAUCCCCAAAAAAAAAUUGAAAAGUUGAAUCUGUGUCUGAAAUAUGUGAUAGUGAAAAGUAUAUUAUAGAAUAUCAAAUCGUUUGAAAACAUCAAAAUGUGCUUACAAAGCUAUAGUGUAAUGUUAUUUGUAGUCAUAAGUUGUUUACUUUUGGCAGUGCCAACUCAUAAUGUUGCUGCUCAGGGACUUUAUAGUAUAAUAGCACCAAACACUUUACGCCCCAACUCUCAGUAUCAUGUGGCUGUCAGCCUACACAAAUCACCGGAACCAACUCAUAUGAAAGUGGGCAUACUGGGCAGCAGCUAUACGGAUUUUAAAACUGUCGAGUUGCGUCCUUACUCCACGCAAUUGUUGCAUUUUGAUAUUCCAGCACUGAAACGAGAUCGUUAUCGCCUGACAGCUGAGGGUCUGAGCGGUGGAGUUGUCUUCACCAAUGAAACUCAAUUGCACUUCGAGCCCAAGGAGCACACAGUUCUAAUACAAACUGAUAAAAGUAUCUAUAAGCCAGGAGAUCUGGUUCAAUACAGGGUGCUGCUGCUGGACUCCAAUUUAAAGCCUGCCCGUGCCUAUGGACGGGUUCAUUUGGAGAUUAAAGAUUCGGGCAACAAUCUUAUUAGAAGUUAUACGGAUAUACGUCUAACCAAUGCAAUUUAUUCAAAUGAGCUGCGCUUGUCAGAUUAUCCACGCUUUGGAGCUUGGUCCAUUAUCUUGGGAAUGGGCGAACAGCAGCAUACACAGACGUUUGAGAUUUUGGAUCAUAUAUUACCCAAAUUUGUGGUUGACAUUGAGACACCAAGGAAUGCCAUCUAUAAGGAUGGAAAAAUUGCAGCCACUAUCAAGGCCUACUAUGCCUAUGGCCAACCCAUUGUGGGUGAAGCGACUCUGUCGAUUUAUCCAACUUUCUUUGGUUCAUUGCAGCCGUUCGUCAAUGAUCUUAUAACACGCAAAGUGGUGCCCAUUGAUGGUCGAGCGUACUUUGAGUUUGAUAUCGAACAGGAGCUACACCUAAAGCAAGACUAUGAACGUCAAUAUCUAUUGGAUGCUUUAGUAGAAGAGAAAUCCACAGGUUCAGUCCAAAAUUUUUCAACUGUAUUGACACUUCAUUUGAAUCACUAUCGCGUGGAGACUGUUAAAUUGCCUAGUUAUUAUAUACCAGGUGUUCCCUUUGAGGCUACUGCCCGCAUUGCCAGGAACGAUGGCAAUCCUCUGAGGGAUUUCCCACCAGAGAUCACGGCAUAUUUGACCAAUGUCUAUGGCAGCAGUGAAAUGUAUAAUCGUACGAUCUACAGUAUAGACUCACGGGGAGAGAUAAAAAUGAAAUUCACUGUGCCAGUCGGCGAUCGCGAUGAAUUCCAUUCCAUAAUUGUGGACUAUUUGGGUGUGAUCAGCGAUGUAGGCAAAGUGCCGCGAAAGCAUUUGCAUAGCAAAAACUACAUUACAGCUAAAGUCCUGAACGACAAACCCAUGAUAAAUCAGGAAAUCUCUGUGGCAGUGCGUUCUAAUGAGCCCAUGAAGUAUUUCAUGUAUCAAUUGGUGGGCAGAGGCGAUAUCUUACUCUCACGUGCGGUUGAUGUUCCCGAUAAUACGUAUCAUACAAUUAAAUUUCUUGCCUCAUUUGCCAUGAUGCCACGUGCGAAAUUAUUAGUUUAUAUGGUGGUUAAUGGCGAAUUUGUUUAUGAUGAGCAAAUUAUACAAUUCGAAGAGAAUCUUCUAAAUGCUGUGCAAAUCGAGGCCCCUCUUAGAGCACCGCCUGGACAGGAUAUUGAUAUAGGAAUAAGUACGAAACCCUACUCGUAUGUCGGUCUCAUGAUAGUCGAUCAAAAUGCAGUCAACUUGGGCAGCAGUAACGACCUUAGCCAUGACCGUUUAAUGGAUGCUUUACUCUCGUAUGAGUUAAGUGAUGUCAAUACUCCAGUGGGUUCACCUGGCAAGGAAUCUGGCGUCAUUACCAUGUCCAAUACAGACUAUUUUGUAGAAAAAGAGGCUGAGAGUACGCCAGCAAUAGGUCGAGACAUAUCGACUGGACCUGAGGAAGAUAAGUUGACAACUGUUCGCAAAACUGAUAUAGGACCAGCACACAAGAUAGAAGUGAAUACUUUGCCACCGGGCAAGGGACGUUAUGCCUUCUCCUAUACCCCAAAACCAUAUUGGCACAAUCCUCGAGUGCAUGUCAUGCAUAAUCCAGCGGAUACUUGGCUUUUCCUUAAUCUUUCGGCCAGCAGUGAUGGUCGAAACUCUAUACACAGACGCAUUCCCAGCGACAUGACUUCAUGGGUGGUCUCUGCCUUUGCUUUGGAUCCGGUAAAUGGCUUGGGUCUUAAUCAACCAAAAGGCCUAAUGGAGACAUACAAAGAAUUCUAUAUAGCCACCGAUCUUCCGUACUCUAUACGAAAAGAUGAGCUCAUAGCCAUUCCAUUCGUGGUGCAUAACAAUAGAGAUAGUGACUUAAAUGUGGAGGUAACCUUCUACAACACAGCUCAAGACUUUGAGUUCCCACAAUUGGACACAAAAUCAACAAACAGGCCAAAGGUUGAACUCUAUAGUCGUCGUUCGAUUCAAGUUCCUGGCAAAUCGGCUCGUUCUAUAUCUUUCAUUGUCACACCGAAGCGUGUUGGAGCCAUUCCAGUCAAGGCUGUAGCCUCCACUUCACUAGCUGGCGAUACUGUCGAGGGAACUCUUAUGGUUGAGCAUUCCGGAGCCGUAGAGAGUAUCAAUAGAGGUUUCCUUUUUGAGCUUAAUUCAAAUGCGCAACGUAGACAAAAUGUUACAAUUCAAGUGCCAAGAAAUGCCAUACCAGAGUCCACCAGCAUUGAAGUAUCUGCUGUGGGCGAUCUGAUGGGAAGUAUUGUGGGUAAUCUUGACAAUUUAAUACAAUUGCCAACAGGUUGUGGAGAGCAGACUAUGGUGAAAUUUGUACCCAAUCUUAUGGUGCUUCGUUAUUUGGGGCGCCUACGUCAACUUACUCCGGAAAUAGAGCGGGCAGCUCUGAGCAACUUAGCUUUAGGCUAUCAGCGAUUGCUCUACUACCGUCAUGACAAUGGAGCAUUUAGUGCCUUCGGUUUAUCUUCGAAAAAGAGCUCGACUUGGCUAACUGCAUACGUGGCUAGAUCAUUGCGUCAAGCAACCCCGUAUAUACAAGUGGAUGAGCAUGUCCUGCAAUCGGCCUUGAUGUACUUGGCCAGUGUACAAUCAGUAAAUGGAGGUUACGAAGAACACGGCGAUGUCUUUGAACAAUUUGGUGAUGAUGGCAUUAGUCUGACUGCAUUUGUUACUCUUGCCAUGAUGGAGAGUGUGGAUGUCUAUCCAGAGUACCGCAAUAAUAUCAACAAGGCUUUGGAUUUCAUUACACGUGGGCUAGAUGCCUCCAGCAACUUACAUGCCAUGUCUUUGGGAACAUAUGUCCUUUCUAAGGCCAAUCACAAUGCCAAAGCGGCUUUUCUACAACGUCUCGACUCAAUGGCCAUCAAUCAGGAUGGUCGCAAAUGGUGGAACAAGACAGCCCCAUCGGGUGAACAGCAAUCACCUUGGUAUAACCGGACAAGAAGUGUUAACAUUGAGAUCUCUGCCUAUGCAGCGCUGGUUUUGUUGGAAAAUAAUCUUGUUAGUGAUGCCUUACCCGUUCUCAAUUGGCUAAUGGAUCAGCGUAGUGCCUUGGGCGGUUUCGUUACCUCCCAAGACACUGUUGUCGGUCUUCAGGCGAUCAUGGUAUUUGCCGAACGUUUUUCGAGUCAGGCGAAUAAUGUGCAAUUAGGUUUCCACUAUGGUGAGGGUGCCGAGACAAUCCUGAAUGUGAAUGCCGAGAAUUCAAUGGCACUACAAAGAGUUGAGCUACCGAAUACCUUGAAAAACUUGAGUAUUUCGGCAACAGGACGUGGUAUGGCCCUGGCUCAGGUCAGCUAUAAAUUUAAUACAAAUGUUACCAGUGCCUGGCCACGGUUUGUUCUGGAUCCCACUGUAAAUCGCAAUUCCCAUGCCGACUAUUUGCAUUUGUCGGCCUGUGCCAGUUUUGUUACUGUGGCAGGUGAACAGGAGCAAAGAUCCAAUAUGGCCGUCAUGGAAGUCCAAUUGCCCAGUGGAUUUGUUGUCGAUACAGAUACUCUACCCACACUCGAGUCAAGCGAACGCAUCAAGAAGGUGGAGACCGUCAAUCGAGACACCAAGGUGAUAAUCUAUUUUGAUUAUCUUGAUAGGCGAGAAGUUUGUCCCACUUUGCAUGCAUAUAAAACGGUAAAGGUAACCAAAAAUCGUCCUGUGGCUGUGACUAUGUAUGACUACUAUGAUAAUGCUCGUCGUGCCCGUCAAUUUUAUAGGGCGCCCAAGUCAAAUAUAUGUGACAUUUGCGAACAUGCAAAUUGUGGCGAUAUUUGUGAGAAAGCCGAAAAACGAGAGUCUCGUCAACAAGAUGACUCUUUUGGUAGCUCUGCUAACAGUCUAAGACUGACCUCGAGUUUGCUAAUAGUUUUAAUGACUCUAACGACUCUGCGGUAUUAGAAAAGAGAUUAAAGAAGAGCCAAGUGGUGAAAACGAAACGAAGCUUUAACAAUUGUCAAACAAAAACUUAUGAAAUAUAACUCACUCUCCUAAUCAAUAAGUUAAGAUUAACUACGAACGAUGCUAAAACUAAGAAAAAGUUGCCAAUAAAACGCUGUUAUAACAUUUACUAAA